CUCAAUCCAAUGCCUUCUUCCCUGCUAGAGGAUUUGUAUUUUGCAGCUGGCCUAUUGUAGAAGCAAGCCAAGAAGAGGGAAUGUGGGCUUCUCAUCCAAAUCAAAAAGCGCACAAGACUCUAGAGCUUCAAAUAGAAUAAUUUAAAAAAUAUAUAUCGAAAUUCGUGUUUCUCAUGUGCAUUUCUGUUCUCCCAGAUCUACCAAGAACCGAAGAACGACGGCGACCGCUUGAGCAACAUAAAGGAGUUUCUCAAAGGUUGCACUUCGUUUCGCGUCGAGCCGUUUGAGCCCAGUGACCUGCUCCUAGGACUGAACUUCUCCAAGAUACUCAGCAGUCUGGUGGCUCUGAACAACGUGACUGCAGGACAUGUGUGAGGGCAGCCGGACGCAGCUAUUGGUCAAGGCUCGCUUCAACUUUGAGCAGACCAAUGAGGACGAGCUGUCCUUCAACAAGAGUGAUGUCAUCAACGUGACACGCCAGGAGGAGGGCGGCUGGUGGGAGGGGAGCCUCAACGGCAAGACCGGCUGGUUCCCUAGCAACUAUGUCCGUGAGAUUAAAGGCUGUGACAAACAAGUGUCUCCCAAAUCUGGGACCCUGAAGAGUCCUCCAAAAGGCUUUGACACUACAGCCAUCAGCAAGACCUACUACAACCUGGUGCUGCAGAACAUUUUAGAAACAGAGACAGAAUAUUCCAAGGACCUCCAGAGCCUUCUGACUAACUACCUGCGAUCUCUCCAGAGCACAGAGAAACUGAGCAGUACAGAUGUGUAUCUGAUCCUGGGGAACCUGGAGGAGAUCAGCACCUUCCAGCAGAUGCUCGUCCAAUCACUGGAGGAGUGCACCAAACUUCCAGAGAGCCAGCAGAAGGUAGGGAGCUUCUUCCUGAAUCUCAUGCCCCAGAUGAAGGCUCUCUAUGUGGGUUACUGCUCCAACCACCCCUCUGCAGUCAACGUGCUCACCCAGCACAGUGAGGAGCUGGGGGAGUUUAUGGAGGGGAAAGGAGCCAGUAGUCCAGGUAUCCUGACUCUGACCACAGGUCUCAGUAAACCCUUCAUGAGGCUGGACACAUACCCCACACUAACGAAGGAACUGGAGAGACACAUGGAGGAGAGUCACCCCGACCUGCCAGACAUCCAGAAGUGUAUGACAACAUUCAACAGCCUCUCGGCCCAGUGCCAGGAGGUGAGGAAGAGGAAGGAGCUGGAGCUGCAGAUAGUGACUGAGUCCAUCAGGCUGUGGAAGGGAGAGGACAUCAGAACACUGGGCUCUGUUCUCUACAUGAGUCAGGCUCUGGUUAACAGCCCAGGAGCAGAGGAGAAGUGUGAGCAUUACCUCAUGCUCUUCCCUCAUGUCCUCCUCAUGCUGUCUGCCACUCCAAGGAUGAGUGGCUUUAUAUUCCAGGGGAAGCUGCCACUGUCUGGUAUGACUGUGACCCCGCUAGAGGACAGUGAGACCCACAAAAACUCCUUUCAGCUUUCUGGCCAUCUAUUUGAGUGUCUUCAGGUGGUGUGUAACAGUCAGCAGGACCUGCAGGACUGGGUGGACCAUCUGACCCGUCAGACCAGACAAGCCACCACCCCCAGCCACAAACCCCUCACGGUCCCCUGCCACACGUUGCCCUCCCACCCUUUGACUCCAUCCCGUCAUGCAGAGAGCCGUGCGAUAACUGUGGCCCCAGCCUACCACACCCUGCCCCACCCCUCAUCACACGGGGCUCCACACAGCACCAUGAUGUGGGGGCCUCUGGAGCCCCCCAACACCCCCAAACCCUGGAGCCUCAGCUGCCUGCGUCCUGCACCCCCCCUCAGGCCCUCUGCAGCACUCUGCUACAAGGAGGACCUCAGUAAGAGUCCUAAGAGUGUAAAGAAGCUCCUUCCUAAACGAAAGCCUGAGAGGAAACCGUCAGAAGAGGAGUCUGCCCUGAGGAAGAGUACAGCUGCUCUAGAGGAAGAUGCUCAGAUCCUGAAGGUGAUAGAAGCUUACUGUACCAGCGCCAAGACCAGACAGACCCUCAAUUCCACCUGGCAGGGUACUGACCUGAUGCACAACCACGUCCUGGGGAACAUGGAGCGGCCCAGCGUAGACUCUCCGGGCCACCGUAGCAGCAUGUCGCGACCUGACUUGACUGGCUCAGACCUGUCAGAGGACUCUGACUACGACUCUGUGUGGACGACCCACAGUUACAGGAUGGGCUCAGCGUCUUGUAAGAGCUGCAUCUCUCACCAGAACUAAAACCCCAAAACUACCGUGGUCGUACCCUACCGUACCGCACGAUACCACACAGCACAGCACGUUUACCUCUUAACCUGUGGUCUAGAGGAAAACCAACCAGUUUUUAAGUGUAUUUAUUUAAUUUAUUUGUAAUUAUUAUUGUGUUAAUUUAAUGUUUUAUUUGUGUUUGUAAUUUUUGGGAGAUUGUACUCUCUUUGUUUGAAAAUCUACCAUGUUACCUUGACCUCUCUCUCUCCGUAUUUGUAAGGUAGCUUGUGUUGGGCAUCGUCUGGGGUUCUGUGUGUCUGAUAUUCAGAUGUGGUUCAGGAAGGAAGGCAUUCUAUUGACCAUGUUCUCUAACCUAGCUCCUUCUUCCACAUAUAUUACAGUAGCAAAUGUUGUGCUGACCUUUGACAUUUCCAAUGAAUCGAUAUACUUUUGUUAUUAUUAUGACUGCCUUAAGGCUUUUACCCCUGUUGUAGUACCCCCUGCAGUAUUUCACGCACAGGACACAGCAUCGACAGUAGUAUUUCUACGAUAUUGGUAUUAAUAGGAUAUUAUAUAGGAUAUGAGAUCGAAGUUCCCCUAGGAACAGCAUGCAUGCUUCAUUCCCAGGGUGACGAUUUACACUCUUAUCAGAUUUUACCCCAAUCCAAAAUGCAGUACUUUUAAACUCAAUAUUCCUUCAACAGCUUAACAAUGAUAUUCUCAAAAGCAGUACAACAUUAGGCCCUAAGCAGAGCCACAAGCCUGGCAGGUCCAGUUUCUAUAUCGUAGGAAACAUUUGUUUGUAUCCUUCAAAACAUUACCAUGCUCUUCCAUGCAUUAGUAAGAACUCUUCUCCUGAGAAAGUAUAUCCUAUAGGCCACGGUAAGAAUUCCCAGGGGACAGUUUUUCAAAGGUUAUCUAGAUUCCGGCUAUUGGAUCAGCUAUUGGAUAGGAAUGGGGACACCCGUUCAAUUUAUUCUAUUCCAAUGCAUUUAAUCCUAUCCGAUAGCCAGAUAGAUAACUUUUGAAAAACUGGGCCCAGUUUACUGUCCACUUCAAAUUAGUCCUCUCUCUCUGCAGAUCAGUCUUCUCUCUCUGCAGAUCAGUCCUCUCUCUCUGCAGAU